AUGUCCUUGCGCGGGCCCAUGAAGCGCUCGCACCUGCGACAGGUGAGCGCCGCCAGCCUCGACACUCUCUCGACUGCGCGCUCCCUGGAUGUGCCCUCGCAGCAUCCGGCCACUCCCCGCGAUCGCUCCGCCACCCCCGAUGGGAAGGCGACGGCGCGCCUGUCGUCCGUCGGGCUGGACCGCCGACAAUGCGCCCUCUGGGUCCACGACGAGACCUUCUCCCGCGAGGAGAUCCUGUUCAACCAGGCCGCCUUCAGCGACACCGGCGUGCAGCCCGGCGAUGUCAUCGAGAUCCUGCCUGCGCGCUUCGCCCCCGACGCGGACCUCGGCGCCCGCUCCCUGCGCGACAGCCACGUCGACCUGACCUCCUCCAUGCAUGCCGACUCCAUGUCCAAGUUCAAGACCCCGCUGCAGGGCCGCUGUCUCUUCGUCGUCAAGCCGCUGCCCCACGAGAUCAAGACCCGCCACCCCCGCCUCGAGCUGUCCGUCACCAGCAGCGUCGCCAACACCUUCGGCUUCAAGAACCGCACCGUCGUCCACAUCUCCAUCGUCGAGCGCGCCCAGUGCUCCGCCUCCCACGUCGACAUCUCCUUCCGCGACCAAUACCUCGUCCGCUCCGACAUGUGGCGUCUCGUCAUGUCCGAGCUGUCGGAACGCAUCGUCUACAAGGGCCAGAAACUCGUCUUCAUGGGCAGCGUCAAGGCCACCGUCAAGAACAUCUUCAUCCGCGGCAAGAAGGUCCUGUCGGGCUUCUUCUCGCCGCAGACCAUCCCCGUGUUUCGCAGCGAAUCCGCCAAAUACGUCCUGUUUAUCCAGAUGUCCCGGGAGAUGUGGGAUUUCGAUUCCGAGGGGACCGGGGAUAUUCUGUUCAGCAGGGUCAUCAACGGCUUUCUCCCGGAGCUGUUCAAGCGGUGGGCGAGCUCGGAUGCCCGGCACUUGGUGACCAUUGUGCUGUUCACCCGGGUGGAGUAUGAGGCGGCGGCGCUGGGCACCUCGACGCUCGGGUCGGAGAAUCUGCGCAACGAGUUCACGCCGAAUGGCGCGCCCACGCGGGAUUUCUAUCGCGUCGUGGUCAAUGAUAUGGCCAGCGGCCAUUGGACGACGAUUCUGGAUGAGUUGAAGAAGGACUUUAGAACCUUUCUGCGGGAUGUCUCGAUCCUCAAGACCACGGACGACAUCAAGACGCCAACUAUCGAUGGCGUGAAGGUCUCCCCCAAGCCGAAAUCGGCGACCAUUGCAGGCCGGCCCAGUACCGCUCUCCGCGGGAAUAUUCUGGAAGCGAUCCAUCUGGCCUCGUCACAUCUGGCCUUUGAUCAUAUCGAUCGGGAUAUGGUCCAUACGGGCACUUCGAUCAUUGUCAUCACCCCCGGAAGCGGCGUGUUUGAAGUGUCCUACGAGUCGCUCGCCUCGACUACGGAAGCGCUCACCAAUCGGGGCAUUGCCAUUGACUUGGUUUGCCUCAGCCCCAUGCCGCUGCACUCGGUGCCGCUCUUCAAGUACCGCGAGCCCGUGCAGAAGUCGCCGAAUCCCUCGUACGGGAACAUCCAGGACGGGGGCUAUUCGCCGGAGAUGCGUCUGUCGUUUGCGAGCCUGGCCAGUCGGGGGUCGCAUCUGUCGCCCAAGUCCAUGAUGCACGGCGGCUCGUUUGCCGGGAUGGAUUCGAGACCGUGGUCGCGGUCCAGCGAGUGGAACUAUGGCAUCCCGCACUGGCUCGACAUCUCGUACUGGAACCCGGAGACGUACCGCGAAGCUCGUCGUAUCCUGAAAAAGGACCCCAACGCGCCGAUCCCGUUCACCGUCACUAAGCAGUCCAAGGCCUUUGUGCCGCGCGUCCGUAUGUACGAGAUCCAGAUGAUGGGGGUGAUGGAAAGUGAGCAGUCCAAUAUAUCGAUCCCGUAUCUGCUAGAGGGGCAGGGGGUGUCGAGAAAAACGAGCCAUGCUAUGCGGCUAACGCCCAGCUUAAGCCCUGCCCACGUACCGUUCAAGCACAACUCGUCUAGAAAUCUGAGCGAUAGUCUCCGGCCGGAGCCGUAUCUCCACAACCUGGCAAGCUCCAAGGACUCGAUGCUGGCACGGUCCCGGAAGUCUUCCCACUCGGUUCUCUCGUGGAUGGACCACUACGACGAAACGGUGUUCCAGCCGUUCCCCAAACGCCGUCAGCGCCGGAAACCGAAGAAACGGCCCAGCGAGCCUGAAGUCCAGGUCUCGAAUACCCACGACCGGCUGUCGGCUCGAUCUGUCACCCGCUUGAGAGAGCAUGAGUCGAACUCGGAACGUGCCCAGGCCAGCUCCACCCCCCGCAACAUCGAAACGUCUCUGACGGUACCGAAGAACCCGGCCGGGACGCGCACGGCGUCGCCGAAAAAGCCUGCUCUCAAGGCGCCCUCGGCCAUCCGCGUGCCGCGGAUCUCACGCACCAUCAGCUUUGCGCUUCGGGGGCUGAGCGCCACCCCGCCCAGAGCGCAGGCCAGCACGGAGGUCAAUGUGGAGAAUGCGCGCGGGCAGCCGACGUCGAACCAGAAGAAGGUAGCGGGCAUGCUGGCGGAUUCACGCAGCGUGGAGUCGCUGAGCACGUCGGAUUCCGCGUCGACGAAGACGGUGAUCGAUCUGUCGUCCACGCCCACGACGCCUCAGAAGCAAGCCCACGGCUCGGCCGUCACGCCGUCGAUGCCGAUCUCCAUCAAGGUGCCGCAGAAGCUGCCGUCCGAUGACCCCGAGCAGGGGGAACGGCCGCUCGUCCCGGAGUCGUAUUCGACGAUGGCCACGGAGAUCCCUUUCACCGACGAGGCGCGCGAGACCCGCGUCCGACGGCCCAACCCGCGGGUGACGGUGAACGGGGGCUCGCGCGACGGACAGAAGAGCCCGCAGAGCAAGGCCCUGGCCCCGUGGGUCCGGUCCAUCAAUCCGUGCAACACGCCCAAAGACGUCCUGCGAGACACCAGCUGGUUCGGCCGCUGGCAGCACGCCUACCCGCGGCCUCCGCAUGUGGCCGUGGUGAAGUGGAAGAGUCUGAAGUCCCCUGCUAUCCUGCCGCUGACGACGGAGGAAUUCCCCACCGCGAGCGAGCUGGCCUCGGACUACUUCCAGACGCCGUACCGCGUGUUUCCCAACGAGGAUGCGGAGGGGAUCGAGCCGCCGAAAACGCGGGGCGUGCUUCUCCGCGAGAUGAUCUCGUUGCGGCUGUCCCAUGGCUUUCAGAUCGUGAUUGGCAAGAACAUUGUGGAGGUGUCGGGGCAGUAUUCGCUCGAGUCGCCGAACGUGUUUGACACCCACAGUCUGGAGAGAGAUGGGGCGACGGUGUUCCUGUCGAAGGGCAAUACGAUCCAUCGGCUGGUGUGUAUCCAUGGCGCGGAGAUCGAGGUCACGCGGUACACGCACCGGAAUGCGUCCAUGCUGGCGUCGCAGAAGACGAACGAUUUCAUGAUGUACUCGCCGGCCAUGCGCACGAUCCUGAGUCCGCAGUAUGAGGUCAAGCAUAUCCGGCUGGACUCGACGAUGGAAGAGUACAACUGGAACUACGCCGAUAACUACGUGGCUGGGCACCGCGACUACUUCUUCAGCCCGGCCCAGCAGCUGCAUUUCUGGCGGGUGCGCUACGUGCUGAUCCCCCUGCACCUGCAUACCAGCACCACCCGCCGCGCUCUCUCGUCGUUCAACGAAGACAACGAAGAGGAGAUGCACCUGCUCGGCAUCAACCAGCUCACGCACAUCUGGCAGCGCCACAAGUACGUGCCGCCCGAGGAGAAGCUGUUCGAGACGUCGGGCAAGACGCGCGAGCAGAAUCCGCUGAACAUCAUGUACCAGACGCGGAACUCGUCCGAGGUGGUGGCGGCGGAGCUGGACCGGAUCCUGCUCGCGGAUCCCGAGCUGGACAGCUCGCCGGCGCAGCUGCUGCCCGAAUCGGAGCUGCUGGGCCGGUCCAGCAUCAGCCUGUCGUCGCUGGCGCAGAUCAUCCAGGGCGACAAGGGGGUGCGCAUGAUGGACCGACGGUGGCACUGGCGGCUGCAUUACAACUGCUUCAUCGGGUUCGAGCUCACGACGUGGUUGCUGCACAACUUCCGGGACAUCGACAGCCGCGAGGAGGCGGUGGAGUUUGGCAACGAGCUGAUGAAGCACGGCCUCUUCCAGCACGUCGAGAAGCGCCACAACUUCCGCGACGGCAACUACUUCUACCAGAUCUCGAGCGAGCUGCGCGCCGCGCGCCCGGAGUCGCGCGGGAGCUGGUUCCCCCAGAUCCGCCCCGACAAGUCCAUGCCCUCGACGCCGGCUCCAGACAACCCCCGCGACUCGCCGAGCGGCACACACUCCCGCUCGGAGAGCAUGGACGACGCCGCGUCGCAGGUCCCUCCCACGCCGUCCAAGGCCAAGAACAAAGCAGCCAUCAUGCUGUCGAAGACCAUGAAAUACGACGUAGACCCGCGCAAGCGAUCCAACCGGCCCGAGGUCAUCGACCUGCACUACGACCGACUCCACAACCCCGACAACUGCUUCCACAUCGAGCUGAGCUGGAUGAACACGACGAGCAAGCUGAUCGAAGACGCCGUGCUCUCGUGGGCCUCGACGGCGGAGAAAUUCGGCCUCAAACUCGUGCAAGUGCCCAUCGCCGAGGCGUGCGCCAUCGACGAAACCCAACCCUUCCGCAAGCCCUACCGCGUGGCCCUCAAACUGCGCCCGCCCAAAGGCCCCGUCCCCAGCCUGUACAACGCCGCCUCCUUCACGCAGCCCGCCAUCCCCGACCGCCACUACUACCAGAAGGCGCUGCUCCGCAAGUUCGACUUCGUCCUCGACUUCGAAGCGCGCUCGGCCUUCCCCGCCGACGUCGAGGUCUCGUACUCCUGGGGCAUCCCGGAUUACCGCUACCCGCAGUACAUCCACCGCUCCGGCAGCCUCCUCGCCCAGAUCACCGACGACGGCGACUUCCUCUUCCUGGCCAACCGCCUCGUCAGCACCCGCACCACCGCCGCCCGAGACAUGCCGCGCCACGAGCGUCUCGAGCGCGAGCAGUACCGCGCCCGCGCCGGCACCUACGACCCCGUCAGUGUCGAUCGCAUCUCCCCGCGCCUCUCCCCUAUGCUCCGCCCCGUGCCCGUCCACGACCCCGCCUCCACCCAAUCCGCCUCCGGACAAAGCCAUCCUAGCAUCGACUCGGCAAUCCUCUACCGCGCCCCGGAGCACAUCCUCACCAGCUUCGUCGAGUUCUGUCGGGAUCCGGCGCGCCUGGAGCAGUUCUAUUUGGAGUCGCAUGCCCGGCCGACUUCGACCAGGGUCGAGCCGGUCGCCGCCUCGUUGAUGGAGUCGUCGAUCCCGUCGCUGGAGUUGCCCGCCAGUGUGGUGAGUCAUGUUGUGCCGCCCGGGUUGCCGUCUCGGGCGUCGCAUACCGGCGCAUUUCCGACGAUCGAGGCGAGGGCCAGGACGCGGAUACAGUACAGUGGUGGACUGACGCGGUUUUGA